AUGGCCAAGUAUUUGGUCCAGUUGAUUCUAUCUGGUGCUCGAGUUUUGGGCCGUGCCUUUGCCCAAGCUGUCAAAGAAGAAUAUGUUUCAAGUCAAAGAGUUGCUAACGCCCGUCGAAACAAUGGGUCUGGUGGUCCUGAACAAAAUACUUACGUCCAAAACGCUGGAAUCUCACUAGAGGAGGCAAAACAAAUAUUGAAUGUCAAAGAUAUUCACGAUAUAAGUACUUUAAAUAAACACUAUGAACACCUCUUUUCCUCUAACAGUAAAGAUAAAGGUGGAUCAUUUUACUUACAAUCUAAGGUAUUUCGAGCGAAAGAGCGUAUUGAUGAGGAAUUACAGUUUGAACAGUCGGAACGGCGACGAGAUCCAGAAUCUAGAAACAAUAACCAAUCAGGGACUUGA